CAGUCUUUCUACUUUCCAUCUCUUAAACCUCUCUUCUCUCUCUCUUUUUUUCUUUCUCACUAACCAAACAAAAACCAUGGCCAACUUUAACAAGAAAAUAAAACACUUUUUUUGCAAACUAAGUUUGUUGAUCUUUUUUCUUAUACCUCUUUCUGUAUCCUCUUCCAUUCAUGACCUCCUCAUCUCAAAAGGGUUACCAGCUGGUCUUCUUCCCAAAGAAGUGAAAUCUUUCACUCUAUCGGAAAAUGGCUACUUAGAGGUAUUUCUUGACGGGCCUUGUUUGACAAAGUUUGAGAAUAGAGUUUUCUUUGAUAGUGUAGUGAGAGCUAAUCUCACCUACCGUAGUUUAUCAGGAGUUGUUGGUUUGUCUCAAGAAGAACUCUUUCUUUGGUUACCUGUUAAAGAUAUUAUAGUUGAUGAUCCAAAAUCAGGCCUUAUUCUCUUUGACAUUGGUGUUGCUCAUAAGCAAUUUUCUUUAUCUCUCUUUGAGGAACCUCCUGAUUGCAAGCCUCAAGGUGGAUUGGAGAAGAAAGGAGUGAGGAAAGAGAAAGGAUUUGAGGCUUUGAGAUAGAAAAAAAGAUGCUUCCCUGUUUCAAAUUUGUCUCUUUUUUUUUUCUUUUUCUCCAUAUAAUGUUAUGUGGUAAUGAUGGUAAUGGACUAAUUGUGGACUGAGUUUUUCUUUUUUCUUUUUUAAAUUUUCUUUUUUGUUUUAUAUUUCUAAUCAUAGUUCUAUAGGGUUCUUAGCUUUAGAGGGUUUGUUAGGAAUUGUAAAGAAUGUGAAAUUCUCCAAUCUUUUUUGUUCUAAGUAAAUUAGUCAUUUUAAUCCUGUA